AUGGCCCCUGGCUCAGAGCAUGCCCCACCCCCUGCAGGUGAGGCCGCUGUGGCUCCAUCUGUGCCCUCAGGCGAGCUGAGUGGUGUGCCCAGCUGGGAGGUCUACAGCCAGGACCUGAGCCCAGAUCUUUUCCCUGUGUGCUGUGAUGAGGCCAGGGACCCGCUCCCCUCCCAGUGCCCGCACACUUUAACAGGGGCACCCAGUCUGUGUCCAUCGGGAGAAGGCUGGGUGCAGGCGCUUCCGCCCACCAAGCCAGUGGACUGGGGGAGGAGGGUACAUUGCACCCUGGACCUCUGUCAGCAAAGCAGCGCCCCCGACCCCCAACACCGAAGGCACCGUCCUCCGCUGGACAGGGACGAGGUGGAGAAUGGAGACGACCACUGUGCCCUUCACAGUUCACAAGUGCCUUGGCCCGAGGUUCUGGAACGGACGAGUAACACUUCCCUGACCCAGGUGUCCCAGCAGUGGGUGCCCGAGGAACCUCCAGCGCGCCCGGGUCCCCGCGCCUUCCCCUUCCUCCAGCCCAGUGCCGGGGCCACCUGCACACAGCGGCCGCGCCGGCCCCACGCAUCGCACCUGGUUCAGGGUCGCAGCCCAGCGCACAGCGCCCCCGGGCCCACGCACAGCGCCCGGGCUCACGGCCCCCAGCCGCGCUCGCCCCCGGCGGCGGCGGCCGAGCGGAGCCGGAGCGGGGCGGCGCACGGCGCGGGGCCGGGCCGGGCGGCUCCCGGCGCGACUUCCUGUUGUGCCCGCGCCCCGCCGCCCGGCGCCCGGCGCCCCUCGCCCGCUCCCCGCGGCCCCGGGCGGCCGCCGCCCAUGGAUUUCACCUAG